GGGCUGGAGGAAAGAGGGCACCUGCGAAACAAACCAGAAGCAUCCCUUUAAGCUUUGUGCAUGCACAGAACUUACCCUCCAUUGGAAAGGAAAUGCCACCAAAGCAAAAAUAUGUUUACCUCGGUUCCUGGUCUGAUUCUCCAUUCUGGUUGCCUAGAUACAGAUGUAAACAAAAGUGCCUCUCCAACUGCUGAACAACAGCCAGAGGAACCUGAUGGCCCCCUUCCUGGUGCAGGCGGUGACCAAGAAAAGAAAGUAAGAUUAUCUCCAGCCGAAAUGUCAACCAAGAACUCUACAGAUCUAGUUGAAUACGUUGACAAGGGUCGUCCUUUCCUUCCUACCAUUGCCAAAACCCAGACAAGUCAGCUAGAAGACAGACUGAACCUCCAGGAGCGCACCAUAGCAUUCCUCCUCGAGCAAGCCUUCCGCAUCAAGGAGGACAUCUCUGCUUGUCUCCAGGGGGCCCAUGGCUUUCGAAAGGAAGAGGCACUUGCCAGGAAGUUGCUAGAAAGCCACAUCCAGACCAUCACCAACAUCGUCAAGAAACUCAGCCAAAACAUUGAGAUCUUGGAAGACCAAAUAAGAGCUCGAGAUCAGGCGGCCACAGGAACUAAUUUUGCAGUGCAUGAUCUAAGCAUCAAACACCUGCAAGGAGUUGGAGACCUUCGGGGAAGAGUAGCCAGAUGUGAUUCGAGUAUCAUGAAGCUUUCUGGAGACAUCCACAUCAUCAAGCAGGAGCACCGGCAAGCCGAGAAAGCAAUUCAAGAGCUUGCAUCUGCCAUAGAAAUGGUUUCCAAAAGCUUGGAUAUAAAGGUAACACAGCUCUCGGGAAAGAUGGAGGCUUCCAUCUUUGAGCAAACCUCAAAUUUAAAGAUGGUCCAGGGAGAUUUUCGCCAAGAAAUGAAUCUUUUGGAAUUCAAAUUUAACUCUCUUUCAAGUCGUUUUUAUGAAGAAUUUGAGAACAAUCAAAAAUGGACUGAAGAUCAAUUUAUCAAACAUAGACAAGACCUCUUGGCCCAUAUAAAUGAAUGUCUGAAGGUCCUGCAGGAGAAACUGGAAAAGUCAACAGAUAAAACGGAAGAGAAAAUUUUGCAGCUUUCAAGCAAAUUAGAGAAUUUAAUGAAUUCACAGAAACAGAAAGAAGAACUAACCAAACUAAAGCACACAGAAAAUAAAUUGUCCAAAAAAAUGCAGCAAAUGAAAACGCAGAUCUGGGAUGAGUUAGAAAAAAUGCAGAACGAGUAUCACUCAGGGUUUCAAUCAAUUCAUGACUCACUCAACUCCCUCCAACAAAUACAGAAAACAAAAAUGCAUCUAGAGAAAUAUAGAGUACAAAAAGACAUAAAGGAUUUACAACGUAAGAUAGUGGAACUUCAGGAAGUUUAAAACUUUCCAGUUGUCUUUUUUCCACCAGAAAACGGAAUGCUUUGUUGGGAAAAGUUGUGAAGAAAAUGAACAUCUCCAGGAUGUUUCAACUUCCAAUGUCUCUGUAUUUCUUACCACCUUUUAAGGGGAUGAAUGUACUAAGAAAGAAGAAUAAAGCAAGAAUUUUAUGAUAUCUUAAAAUUAAUGAGCAAAUUAAGGAAUGUAUUCAUGUACAUAUCUUUUAAUAUUCUUUUACCUAUGAAUUAAGAGAAAGACAUCCAAGCUGGGCAUGGUGGUGAGUGCCUGAAACCCUAGCAGUCAGACGGCUGAGGCAGGAGAAUUACUCUGUGUUUGAGGCCAGAUUGAGCUACAAAGUGAGUUCAAGGCCAGCCUGAACUGCAUAGUGAAACACUGUCUCAAAAAGAUUAAAGAGAGAGAGCGUGAGCGAGUACGAGUGAGCACUAUAUAAUGUACAUAAAUGAAUAAUGUAAAGCUAGGUGUA